AUGUCAUCCGGCUGGCAAGUGUCUACGCCUGCGAGCUUCGCACAAGAGCAGGACCGUGCUGCCUCACGUCGCGGGUCACCCUCCAUCGGGCCUUUGUCAGAACCAGAGACAACUGCCCGUUUCAAGCUUCAACUUCCGAGCGAAGAAGCGUGGGAAGAGUACUUGAGCUCAGGUACUGAAGCUGAACAGCGCGCCCGGGAAUUCUUCUUCCGUAUUCCGCCGUCCAGUAUACCAACGGUCACGGUGACCAGCAUCUGCUCGGAUUUCUACGCGACAGCAGCUUCUCACGGCAAUGAAUUGGUCAAAAAUCUCAAUCAGGCCCUGGCUUUAAGUAACGGCCGGGAGUCGCCGGAGGUCGUAAAGCUGAGGAUGGUGAUCCGUGUCUUUCGGCAGGUACUCGUGGGCGCCGGAGAAGUUUUGGUAAGAAUCGUUGUCAAUAAUUGCAGCGACUCUAGGGACCCCCAGAUACGUAAUAUUGUCGAUUUCAUCGAUAAUCAAAUGGGAGCCUGUCAGCGCCUCUAUCCAGUAGAAAGUUAUGGGCCAAACACAUCCCGAUGGCAACGACUAUUUUGCGUGAAUCGUCGACAGUGGUUCAGGAACGGUAUCAACUUCGACGAGCUGGGCAGUGUGCGUCUUGGAUCCUGGGCAUACGUGCUAUAUAUUCUCAUGAAGAACUAUAGUUCAAUUUCUCAGUACUUCACAAGAGACUGGUGUGAUAAUUUCUUUGACCAAGAGGAACCGAUUUGCCCGCCAAAAAUUACGGCAAACUGUCAAUGCUUAUCUCUCAUCAACGUCCUCUUCAGAAUUCUCGGCCCGGCUCUUGGGCCGCUUCAGAUGGGCUAUGACCAAUACGAGCUGUUUUACAAGCUUCUCGUACGUGAUGUCCUGGUGUACACUCUGCGGCACUCGGACUUCCGUGAUUGGGUUCGGCAAGCUCCUCCACCGCCAAUCCAAAAUCCAUCUAUUCCAGUCACCACAGACUGGCCGUUCAGGUUUUUUAGCCUGCAGGGGAAUGAUGAGCUGCGAGUCUCUAUUCGACAAAGGUUGCACAACCUCCGGGCGGAGACCAAGUCAUUGCUGCCACGGUUUGAUGGGUCGGCGUUGAAGCGUGGACUCAAAACCUAUCCGCUGCCUGAUAAUGAGGAGGGGCUCAUUAGAGAUAUUUGGGAGGUCAUGCGCGAUAAGAUACGUCGAUGGAUGGCGUCCCACGGGGAAGAGAGUGAAGACCUUUCGGACAGCGCAACGCACCCAAGCAAAUGGCCAGUUAUAGAUCGAUUGGAGCCCAGAGCGGCUCUGCGAUGGGCGUCUGGGUAUGCCUACUUGUCAAUCCCUCUUACAUUUGACAAGGAGCAAGACGUGGUUUUGAUCAAGGGAGCAAAUGCAAAGACUGAGAAAUGCGGGCCGUACACGGUAUUGGCUACAUUGAAAGGUGUGAGUUUCCGGAUAGGGUCAGAUUUCUUAUUGAUACCCGUGGUAACACUUCAAAGAUCCUGA